AGAAGAACAAAGGGAAGAUUGUAAUGAAUUAUGAGUUUGUAACUCAUGUUUCUUAUGUGAGGAGAAGAAAAGAAAAGAAACGCCCAUGAGUUUCUUCUCUAGAACAAGCUCUGCCGUUUCCUUCAAAUGCACAAAGAGGUUCUAAUUCCACAAAAUCUCUCCCUGUCGUUAUAUCUUUGAUCUACCAUGGAACUCGUAACAUGCAAGCUGAAUAAUGAAAAAUAGUGAGAGAAGAACUCCUCUGCCUCGCAAUCCGUGGGUGGUUUUCCUUUUGCUGGGGGAAAAACUCCCUUGCUAUUGGGUAAAUCAAACUCUGACCCUUCAUUCUAGCUUUGAGAAAGAAGAAUUUCCCAAUAGCAACAAUGGAGCAUCAUCGUCACCAAUCUACUACAAUAGCAUGCUGCUGCUUCAUUUGGCUACUGGGAUUGCUUCAACAUGCCUCUUGUUACGCCACCGAGAACCGAACCAACAAGCUCCCAGAGUUCCAAUCGGAACUUCAACGAAGAUCAUCUUCCUCAGCUGCUGCCGCCGCCUACAAUCCGGCCAACAAAUCUUCGAUAUCCAUGAUGCAUCCGAAACGGCAGAGAGGGAAAGUGUUCUACCCGAUCGGGUACGGAGCCGACCCGAGCGGAUCACGAGACAGUGCAGAUCCCAUUCUCAGAGCCAUCAACGAUGCGUUUCAAUUGCAGAACGGCCACCGCCGUCAAUUGCUCCCCGGGAUACACGAUUUGGGCGGAAUCGUCAUCGAUCUCCAAGGCGGAAACUUUCUCAUCAGCAAACCCAUCCGGUUCCCUCCCGGCACCGGCAACAUUGUGGUACAGAGUGGGAGCCUGAGGGCGUCCGAUGACUUUCCGGCGAACCGUCACCUGAUCGAGCUAUGGUCCCUUUCGCCACGUGUCACCGACAAGGCAUCCUAUUACGAGGGAAUUACAUUCAGAGACAUCAUCUUCGAUUCCAGCUACAGGGGAGGAGGGAUUCGGGUCGUGGACUCCGUCAGGAUCCGAAUCGACCACUGCUUCUUCCUCCACUUCACCACCCACGGCGUUCUGAUCAUCAAAGGCCACGAGACCCUCAUCUCCAGCUGCUUCCUGGGCCAGCAGCCCACGGUCGGCGAGGAUCAAAUGGAGAAGCACUACUCCGGCACCGCCAUCGACAUCGACAGCAACGACAAUGUCAUCACCGACGUCGUGAUCUUCUCCGCCGCCGUGGGGAUCGUGCUGAGGAGCGAGGCCAACACCGUGACCGGAGUCCACUGCUACAACAAGGCCGACGUCUACGGCGGGGUCGGGAUUCUGGUCAAGCCAGAGGCGUCGCUGACUAGGAUCGGAAACUGUUACAUGGAUUUCACCGGCGUGGUGAUCGAGGACCCGAGUCAGGUCCGGGUCACCGACGGGUUGUUCAUCGGCGGGGCGAAUGUGGUUCUCCGGUCGAUCAAGGGUUCGAUUUCGGGGCUGAACAUUGAGGGGAACAUGUUUCGAGGGUACGAAGGGGUGGGGAACUCGAUUGUGGAAUUGGAUGGGAAUUUCACCGCCGUGGAUCAGGUGGUGAUCGAGAGGAACAAUGUGAAGGAUAUGGUUCUGAAAUCGACCGCCGGGAGGGUGACGGUGGCCGGGCACGGGUCGAGGUGGGUUGCGGAUUUCUCGCGGGUUUUGAUUUUCCCCAACAGGGUAUCUCACUUUCAGUAUGCGUUUCACAUCCGAGGGGCGGCGGAAGGUGGCGGUGGCGUCGGAAAUAAUGUGACGCAUUGGGUGAGCGGAGUGCGGCGCAAUGCGGUGGUCGUGGAGAGCAGUGCAAAGGUGAACGCGGUGGUGUCGGUGGUGGUUGAUCAGUAUAACGCGGUGGAUGAAACGAGUUACUUGUUAUCUGAAUCUUGAGGUAGGACAUUGGAGGGCGAUGGUCCUAAUUGUACUUUUUUAUAGAGGACGAAGCAAUC